UGUCAUUUAUGUCAAUUUGUCAACAUCUAUCUAAGUAAAGGCAGCGGGUUAUUCAUUAAUAUUUAUAUAUUUUUAUUUAUUUAAUUUGUUUAUAUGUAUGUAAGGAAUGCAAGUGGAAGAGUUUCCAGGUGUAGACACCAACGUAGAUUUAACGCAGAUUUUACCCAUACAACAGAAACGUACUAUAGCUUUUAUUAACCAUUUUAUAAUGCAGACAGUGUCAUAUCUAAAUAGUUUUGCACAAUCUUGUGAAUCUCGGUUUAUGGAAUUCGAAUAUAAAAUACAAAAAAUUGAGGCUUCACUGCUAAUACUCGAGUCACAAUUGUCAUCGAUUUCUGGACUUGAUAAUUUAGAACAUAAGACAACUGAUAACAGAACAAAUGACACCCCUGCAAAUGAUAGUAAGUUAGACCUUCCAGACAUAAAAACGUCUGAUAAUAGUAGUUCGGCAUCCGAAAAACCAGAAACCGUGUCAAAUUCAGAAGAUGUUGGUGUGAAAGCAUGUGAUGAUCCCAGGUUCAAAAAAUUUUUUAAGAUGUUGCAGUUUGGUGUUCCUGAACCAGCGGUUAAACUAAAAAUGCAGAAUGAUGGAGUGGAUCCCAGCAUAUUAGAUAAACCAAACGAUAUCAUUCCUGGCUCACCUCAAGAAAUUUCAGAACAUUCCGUUGUGGAACCUAACAGCACCUCCAAUUCUGAAUAAAUUAUUUUUUAAAUUAUAUUAACUGAAGCUACAAGUUGUAAAUGUGCCACUACUAUCAAAAUAAAACACUGUUUUCACAAAAA